AUGGCCACGUCGGCGCCUUUUGGGGUUCUACCUCAAAGUGAGGCUGUUGCUGAGAAAGUGGAUGAGGUUAUCGAGGAAAAAGCAGGCCGAAAUGUCGGUCAUGAAGGGAAAGAUAGUGACACAGAAUCCUCGACUUUAGACUCCUCGGGGGAAAGGGAAGAUGCUGCCAUUCGUACACUUGCGAGGCAAAUUACACAGAGAUCUAUGGAAGGUGUUCAAGAUCAUAAUAUCAACCCAUUUCUUGGAUCAAAUGACCCUAAACUCGAUCCAUCAUCAGAGAAGUUCAGUCCUAGGGCAUGGACAAAACACCUCGUCCAAAUUCAAUCUCGAGAUCCUGAAAGAUAUCCCAACAGGACGGCAGGAGUCGCCUAUAGAAACUUGAACGCUCAUGGAUUUGGUGAAGCAACCGACUAUCAAAAGACUUUUGGCAACUACCCACUGGAAAUUAUCGGCCUGGGGAAGAGGGCUCUUGGACUCAGCAAACCAACUAAGAUCCAGAUUUUAAGAGAUUUCGACGGGCUUGUUAGAAGUGGAGAAAUGCUUGUUGUGCUUGGUCGACCUGGAUCUGGAUGCUCAACUUUAUUAAAGACAAUAUCUGGAGAGACAUCGGGAUUCUACGUUGAUAAGAACACAUAUAUUAAUUACCAGGGGAUUCCAAUGGAAACUAUGCACAACGAUUUCAGGGGGGAGUGCAUAUACCAAGCGGAGGUUGAUGUACAUUUCCCUCAAUUGACUGUGGCACAAACAUUAUCAUUUGCAGCUAAGGCUAAAGCCCCUCGGAAUCGCAUACCUGGUGUUACAAGAGAGCAGUACGCUGAUCAUCUUCGAGAUGUCGUAAUGGCAACUUUUGGACUUUCUCAUACAUUCAAUACAAAAGUGGGUAAUGAUUUUAUCCGAGGAGUGAGUGGUGGGGAGAGAAAGCGUGUCAGUAUUGCGGAAGCUGCUUUGGGAGGAAGCCCCCUCCAGUGCUGGGACAACAGUACAAGAGGUUUAGAUUCUGCGACGGCAUUGGAGUUUGUCAAGACUCUUAGGAACUCCACCGAAAUGACUGGAUCCACAGCUGUGGUAGCCAUUUAUCAGGCUUCUCAAUCAAUCUAUGACCUUUUCGACAAGGUAUCUGUACUUUACGAAGGAAGGCAAAUAUAUUUUGGUGAUAUCAAUGCGGCGAAGACAUUUUUCGUCAAUCUGGGAUUCGACUGCCCAGCUCGACAGACUACUGCUGAUUUCUUAACCUCAAUUACAUCACCGGCAGAAAGAAUUGUCCGACCUGGUUUCGAAGGCAAGACUCCCUACACCCCGGAUGAAUUCGCCGCAGUUUGGCAAAAUAGUGAGGAUAGGGCACAAUUACUCCGGGAGAUCGACCAAUUUGACGCCGAAUUCCCCAUUGGCGGACAAGCCCUUGACGACUUCAAGCAUUCGAGGAAAGCAGCUCAGGCUAAGGGCCAACGCAUUAAGAGUCCAUAUACGAUUUCACUUCCAAUGCAGAUCAAGUUAUGCGUGGAGCGUGGAUUUCAAAGAGUUCGGGGUGAUAUGACUAUUCUCUUAUCCGGUCUUAUAGGUCAAGUAAUGAUGGCUUUGAUUCUUGGUAGUGUUUUCUAUAACCUCCCGAAUGAUACCAACAGUCUUUACAGCAGGGGUGCCCUUUUGUUUUUUGCCAUUUUGAUGGCAGCAUUUCAGACUGCCAUCUUUAUCCUUGCUAUCGUCACUUACACUGGGUUUGCCGUCCCAAUUAGAGAUAUGCAUCCCUGGUUCCGAUGGAUCAAUUAUAUCGACCCAGUUAGUUACGGUUUUGAGGCUUUGAUGAUCAAUGAAUUUCACGGCAGGCGGAUUCCAUGCUCCGUAUUCGUACCCUCCGGCGCGGGCUACACAAAUGUUGGCGCUGAUGAGAGGAUUUGCUCCACCACCGGUGCUGCAGCUGGCGCAAAUUACGUUGAUGGUGACAGAUACAUUGAAAUCAACUAUCGUUAUUCUCACACGCAUCUCUGGAGAAACUUGGGUGCCAUGAUCGGCUUUAUGUUUCUUGGCUGCGCCGUUUACCUGAGCGCCAGCGAAUUCAUCUCAGCCAAAAAGUCCAAAGGAGAAGUUCUUCUAUUCCGCCGUGGUCGCAUACCUUAUGUUUCUAAAACAUCCGACGAGGAAGCCAAAAUGGACGAUCGUAUGACCGCCGCAACUGUUACCAGAACAAAGACUAUCCCAGAUGCACCACCGAGUAUUCAGAAGCAGACUGCCAUAUUCCAUUGGGACAAUGUUAAUUAUGACAUCAAGAUCAAGGGCGAACCUAGGAAACUGUUAGAUGGAGUUGAUGGAUGGGUCAAGCCUGGCACUUUGACAGCUUUGAUGGGUGUUUCUGGUGCUGGAAAAACAACUCUCCUCGAUGUGCUUGCAUCCCGUGUAACCAUGGGUGUCGUCACUGGACAAAUGCUUGUAGACGGCCGUCAAAGAGAUCUUGGCUUCCAAAGGAAAACAGGUUAUGUCCAACAGCAGGAUCUUCAUUUGGCUACAUCUACUGUUAGAGAGGCACUGGCUUUCAGCGCUGUUCUUCGUCAACCCAAGGCUACUCCACGUGCUGAAAAGCUCGCCUAUGUUGAUGAGGUCAUCAAGGUCUUGGAGAUGGAAGAGUAUGCUGAUGCUGUUGUUGGUGUUCCAGGUGAAGGUCUUAAUGUCGAACAGCGUAAACGUCUCACGAUUGGUGUUGAACUAGCAGCAAAGCCGGCUCUUCUUCUAUUUCUUGAUGAACCCACUUCUGGCUUAGACUCUCAAACAGCUUGGUCUAUCUGUGCAUUGCUCCGUAAACUCGCAGACAAUGGUCAAGCUAUCCUUUGCACGAUUCAUCAGCCUUCUGCCAUUCUAUUCCAAGAGUUUGAUCGUCUAUUAUUCUUAGCGAAAGGCGGAAAGACUGUGUAUUUUGGCGAAAUUGGGGACCAUUCGAAGGUCUUGACUGAUUAUUUUGAACGCAAUGGUGCUCCUCCUUGUGGAGAUCUGGCCAAUCCUGCAGAAUGGAUGCUUGAAGUUAUUGGCGCUGCUCCUGGGUCUGACACCUCGAUAAACUGGCCAGAAACCUGGAGAAAUUCCCCAGAACGUCAGGAAGUAAAGGCGCACCUUGCAGAAUUGAAAGCAACUCUGUCUCAAAAGCCAGUCGAAAACGACCCUACGUCACUCGAUUCAUUUGCAGCAGGUUUUGGAACCCAAAUGCAGGUUGUCCUUAUUCGAGUGUUUCAACAGUACUGGCGUACUCCUCCUUAUCUUUACUCUAAGACUAUCCUCUGUACUUGUGUUGGCCUCUUCAUAGGAUUUUCUUUCUGGGACACCAAAACUUCUCUUCAAGGAAUGCAAAACCAACUUUUCGCCAUCUUCAUGCUCCUCACUAUCUUCGGUAAUCUUGUUCAACAAAUCCUGCCCCAUUUCGUAACUCAACGUUCUCUCUAUGAAGUUCGCGAACGCCCUUCCAAAACCUACUCCUGGAAGGUCUUCAUCCUCUCCAACAUCAUUGUUGAGCUUCCAUGGAAUACGCUUAUGGCCGUCAUCAUUUUUGUAACUUGGUAUUAUCCUAUUGGACUCUACCGAAAUGCCGAAAUGACCAACGCCGUCAACGAGCGCAGCGGCCUCAUGUUCGCUUUUGUGUGGGCUUUCCUAAUGUUCACAUCUACCUUCACCGAUUUCAUCAUUGCCGGCAUGGAAACUGCGGAAACGGCAGGAAAUGUAGCUAACCUCAUGUUCUCUCUCUGUCUCAUUUUCUGUGGUGUCCUCGCUAGUCCUACUGCUCUCCCUGGAUUCUGGAUCUUCAUGUACCGCGUCUCACCUUUCACAUAUCUCGUCUCGGGAAUGAUGGCCACCGGACUUGCCAACACAGAGGUCGUAUGCGAUUCCAUCGAAUAUCUUCAUUUCAAUCCUCCUCCUUCAAAAACAUGCGGCGAUUACCUCAAUCCUUAUAUCAGCGUCGCAGGUGGAUAUCUGAACAAUCCUGAAGCGACUACUAAUUGCGAAUUCUGUAGUAUUCAAGACACGAAUGUGUUCUUGGCGGCGGUAAAUAGUUAUUAUGGUGACGUGUGGAGAAAUUGGGGCUUGCUGUGGGUUUACAUUGCGUUUAAUGUUGCAGGCGCUAUUGGUAUGUAUUGGUUGGUGAGAGUACCAAAGGGUGCUAGUCAAGGAGAUGAUGACGAAAAGAGUGCUAAAAAGGGAUGGUUUUCGAAGAAGAAAGCGGAUGCUUAG